AUGAAUAUGUGUGGUCUAGACUUCAUUAUCAAAUUCAAAUUCAAGACAGACAACCAGCAGUCCCAAGCUAACCAGAGCCACAAGGUGGUAGAUGGCCUUCUGCUGGCUGUACCCAGAAUCCUGCAUCAACCUUCUCCUCAGAUGCCACCUCGAAAGAAUCCUCCGAAGCGAUUCAGACGUGGAAGAAUUGAAGAAAGUAGCAACAUUCCAAGCUGCUCUCAUGGCAACAAUUGUGAGUCUAGUGAGCAAAAGAAAUUUGAAGUUGUUCCUGAUCAGCCACUGGGUGGAAUAUUGAGUUCAUUUCGAGGGAAUGAUGGGCUAACGUUGCUUUAUGUUGAACCUGACAAGGCUUUCACCAUAUAUACAUGGUCAUCCCUAAUUGGAAGGUCACUCAUAGUUGACCAAACAUCAGACAUACCCAACACAAGUUCACAGCAAGAAAAUUCAGGCAAUAUAUUAAAUUAUGAACAAAAUAUGUUGUCUGUCAGAUCAUGCUCGGAAAAUAGUUCAAUGGUCAUUAUUUCAUCAAAUGCUGUAUCCAUUUACAGAAGGGAACGGAUUUCAUUAUCAAAGGCCCAUUCAAGGAGAUUGACUGAAGGCACCCUAGAAGUCUCACAUCUUACAUUAUCAAAUAUAAUUAAGCAUAUUGGAAGCAUCUUUUCUGGUUCUCAUUUUGUAUCAAACUCAGGAAUUCGACUACCACCAUCAUCUUUCAACUAUAUUAUUUGCCACCAUGUUAGUCUUUCUCGAAUCCCUCGUGGGCCAUCUGUUGUGGUCCAGACUCCCUUGCUUGCUGAUACUGGAUAUGACUCCCAGAGUAGAAAUACUCCUCCUCUUCAAUAUGGGCAAGCUGCUUCUUCCACAGAUGAAGAAGUUGGGCUACAGAAUGAUGUUGAUCUUUUGACACAACGAUAUGUGCAGUCAGUGGUCUUUAUGCAUAGAUUGGCUAAUGACUUGUUAGAAGCUUCAGCUUUGUUAAGGAGGAUAACAGCUAGUGGUCAUAGACAAUUCAUGCUUUCAUCUGAGGACACUUUGCUUCUUAGCCAGUCACCCUUGUUUGAUAUAGAAAAUUUGCAUGACCACUAUGGAGAUAUGAGGCUAGAUGUGGAUAACAUGUCGUAUGAGGAAUUAUUGGCUUUGGAGGAGCACAUAGGGAAUGUAAAUACAGGACUUUCUGAAGAAGCAAUCAUGAAUCAUCUUAAAAAAAGUAGAUACAUUAAAUUCUCAGAAAUUGAUGGUCCAAAAGAAGCUUGCAGUAUUUGCCAGGAGGAAUACACGGGGGAGGAUGAGUUGGGAAACCUGGAAUGUGGCCAUGAUUUCCAUACUACUUGUAUCACACAGUGGUUGAGAUGCAAAAAUCUAUGUCCUAUUGCCUGUUGA